GUUAUAACUUAUACCUGACAGAAUUUCAAACAUCUUAGAAUUUCGCUGUAUAUACUGGAUUUAAAAUGGGCACACCGGUUUCGACACCUAAGAAGCAAAAUGAUGGCCAAGUGCCUGGACAACAGAACCGUCAACUUGCUCAAACUGUGAAGAGUGAGAGUACAAAGAAGGAACGGGCUAUGAUAUGCGCAGCAAUAGAUUUUGGAACAACUUACUCAGGUUAUGCCUUCUCGUUUGCCCACAGUCCCCUUGAAAUCAAGGCAAACUACUGGCCAGAUGGAUCAAUCAAGACACCGACAGUCAUUUUGUUGGAUCCUGAUGGUCGUUUCCACUCGUUUGGCAAAGAAGCCAUGGACAAAUACAGCUCCCUGCUCCACGCAAAGGAACAUAAACAAUGGUUCUACUUCGAUCGGAUCAAAAUGGUACUCUAUGAAAAGGGAACGCCCCUUAAUUUGGAUGUAACAAUUGAGGACAAGGAGGGGAAACAAAUGAAAGCUAUUGACAUUUUCACAAUGGCAAUAGAAUACUUUGUGCACCAGCUUGUCGCAACGGUAACGGACAAGAACCGGCUUGAUGGUCUAAACUUCACACCGAGUAAAGAUAUCCACUGGAUGGUCACAGUACCUGCUAUAUGGAACGACAAGUCAAAACUUUUUAUGAGGAAUGCUGCUGUUAAGGUUCGUGUUUGAAGCUCCUACAAAAAACAUUGUUUGUCUGGCCGUCCGACAACAUACCUGAAU